AUGAAAAAUAACUAAGAUAAAAAUAUAGGUCUAAAUGUAGUGUAUUUGAUACAAUAACAUAAGUAUUUAUAGGGAUUCAAAAAAUAGUUUAUCAUCAGAUAGAAAGAAAGUAUCUCUUGAUUAAUUCCAUCUUUUAAGUGUAAUAGGAAAAGGUUCAAUAGGUAAGGUUGUUCUUGUAAGAAAAAAGGACAACCAAAAAACAUAUGCUCUUAAGGUGAUCAAAAAAACCUAAUUGGUAUAAAAUCAUUAAGUGAAAUAAAUCUAUGCAGAGAGAAACAUUCUUGUAAUUAUAAUAGAAUUUAUAUUUUUAGUAAAACUGUCAGCAUCCAUUCAUAAUAAAAUUAGAAUAUGCAUUCUAAAAUGAAACUAAGUUAUACUUUUGUUUACAAUAUUGUCCAGGUGGAGAACUAUACAAUUUAUUAGUUUAAAAAAACAAAUUAACUGAAGAACAGUAAAUAAAUUAUUAAUAAUAAAAGAGCUAAGUUUUAUGCAUCUCAAAUUAUCCUAGCCUUCUAAUACUUACAUGAAUAAGAUAUAAUUUAUAGAGAGUAAAUAUAUUUAUUAAAGAAAUAAGUUUAAAACCAGAAAAUAUUUUGAUUGAUUCAGAAGGUUAUAUAAAAUUAACAGAUUUCGGAUUCUCUAAAUAAGGAAUUCAAGGUAAUUUUGGAGCACAUUCGAAAUGUGGAACAGCUGAGUAUUUGGCUCCAGAAUUAUUAGCAGGAAAUCAUGGAAAAGCAGCUGAUUGGUGGACAUUUGGAACUUUGAUUUAUGAAAUGGUAAUUGGUUAACCAGCAUUUUAUGCAGAAACUAAAGAAGAAUUAUUUAAUUAAAUUCUUCAUCAUGAAAUUAAUUACAAAAAAAUUGGUGUUUCUUCUCAAUUAAAAGAUUUAUUAUCAAAAUUAUUGCAAAAAGAUCCAAAUUCUAGAAUUAAUUCAGCAAAUGAAGUAUAAAUGGAAUUAAAUAUAAUAGAUUAAAAAACAUCCAUGGUUUAAAAAUAUAGAUUGGAAUAUGAUAUUAAAUAAAUAAGUACCUCCAGUAUUUGUUCCAUAAUUAAAUAGUGAUGAUGAUGUUUAAUAUUUUGAUGAUGUAUAACAAUUUAUUUAUAAUAUAGUGUUUCAUCAAAGAACCUAUCUUCUCAUAGCCUAAUUCAUUAUCAACAGAAGAAUAAUUGCACAGUCCAUAUUAAGGAUUUUCUUAUUCUGCAUCUCCUCCUUAAAAAGAAGAAUAAUGGGAAUUUUGA